CACUGAUAGACAGCACUGAUAAGUGGCACUGACUGGCAUCACUGCUGGGCACUGACUGGCGGCACUGCUAGGCAUUGACUAGUACAACUGCUGGGCACUGACUGGCAGCACUGCUGGGCUGCACUGAUGGCCACUGGUGGGCACAGGUGGGUGGCACUGCUGGGUACAGGUAGGUGGAACUUCUGGGCACAGGAGGGUGCACUGCUGGGCACAGGUGGGCGGAACUGGUGGGUGGCACUGCUGGGCACCGAUCAUCAGGGAGAUUGCCGGGUGCGCGCCCCCUGGGGCGCGCAGGAGAGCGCGUUCUGGGAGGACGUCAUAUGACGCCCUCCCAGAACUGGCCAGCCGCAGUGUAGCUGU